UACGCGUACGUUGAAUUUCUCUCGGUGUCAGAUCGAUAGCCGGCCUUUCCCCUUCAAUGUCAUGAGAAUGCACGCGUGUCGAUUUUACGGAAAUAUUACGCAUCGCCCUAUGGUUAUUUUUCAUUAUAUAAUUUACAUUAAAUUUCAUGUUAAAUGGAAGGCUGUUAUAGAGUAAUGGUUUGAACGGUUGAAAUAAGGGUAUUUUGCAAAAAUUUCGUGGACUUCCCACAGUCAAACGCGUCUCGACACUCGUAGCGAAAUGAUCUGUAUUGAAACUGAACAUUUUUCUAUUAAUCGAAUUCUUCUGCUAGUACUUGGCUUAUGGCCCUAUCAACGAUCAAAACUUGUCCUACUCCAGACUAUCAUAAUUUUUGUCAUACUGAUGAGUUUUAUAAUAUCUCAAAUUACAGUACUUCUAACUGCAGAAUACACUUCCGAUCUUCUCAUCAAUGUUUUGACCACCGCAUUAUUAUCUUGUAGUUGUUCGGUUAAUUUUCUUUCGUUCUGGAUUAAUAUCCGAACUGUAAAGUGUUUACUGGAAGAACUGCAGAAAAUAUGUAAUGAAUUAAAGGACGUGAAUGAAAUUGCAAUUAUAAAAAGAUACGGUUGUCAAGCGAAACGUAUUACUGCUUCUAUUACACGUAGGAUAUUAUCUUCCACACUUCUCGACCUGUUGCAAUGUGAUAAUAAUAGAUUAUUUUUGUUAUCCGCGUUUCCUCCAAUCGUUAAUAUUGCUCAACCAAUUUGGCCACGCGUUCUUGGCAUUUUUUUGUUCCUGAACGAAUCUUUGUUCCGUCGCAAGACGUUAAUCUUGACCGAGUACUUUGUCGAUCAAGAAAAAUAUUUUUACUUAAUUAUGUUGCAUACGAACAUAGCAAUUUACAUAGCAACGUUUGCAAUGAUAGCAACAGGAACGCUGCUUCUGGUGUCUCUUAAACAUGCCUGUGGAAUGUUUAGUAUCGCCAGUUAUCGCAUAGAACGAGCAAUUACAAACAAUAAGCGAGAAAAUGUUAAUUUAAAGGACCAGAAUGUGAUUUUUAAAAGGAUGGUCUAUGGGAUAGACAUUCAUCGUAAAGCUAUGCAAUACUCCAAUUUUAUAAUAUCCAGCUUUGAGGGAACUUUCUUUCUUCUCAUUGCGUUCGGCGUGGUUUGUUUGAGUCUUAAUCUUUUUCGAAUUGUUCAGCUUGCAUCAACCGGAGGUGAUAAAUUAGAACUUUUCUUACGUUUUGUAUACACAAUUCUUAUUCUUUUAUACAUGUUCUUUGCCAACGCAAUCGGACAGGAAAUUACAGAUCACAAUGAUCAAGUAUAUUUUACAGCAUACAAAGUUAUAUGGUAUAUAAUGCCCUUACAUGUGCAGAAAUUAAUAUUAUUUCUGAUACAAAGAGGUAACAAAACUUUCGGUUUGAAUGUGGGUGGAUUAUUUGUUGCAUCCUUAGAGUGUUUUGCAACGUUGAUAAGUGCAUCACUAUCUUACUUUACCGUGAUGUAUUCUACGCAACAGUGA